CUGCAACUAAUUACGAAUCAACAAUGGCAGCUUCACUACAACCAGCGGCCACCUUCAUGCAACCAACCAAGGUUGGUGGCAUCUCUGGCCGAUUGCAGCUCAAGUCUCAGAGCAUUUGCAAGGCUUUUGGUGUCGAUCAGUCAACUGGCUCCAGGCUCUCUUGCUCUCUUCAAACUGAUUUCAAGGAAUGCCUUCAGAAAUGCUCCGAUGCCGCCAAGAUCGCUGGCUUCGCCCUCGCCACUUCUGCCCUUGUUGUUUCGGGAGCAAGUGCAGAGGGAAGUCCAAAAAGGCUAACUUUUGAUGAAAUCCAAAGCAAAACAUAUAUGGAAGUAAAAGGAACCGGAACGGCUAACCAGUGCCCAACCAUCGAAGGUGGAGUCGAUGGGUUUGCCGUCAAGCCCGGCAAAUAUAACGCCAAGAAGUUCUGCUUAGAGCCCACAUCUUUCACCGUCAAAGCCGAGGGUGUCAGCAAGAACUCCGCACCCGAGUUCCAAAAGACAAAACUAAUGACCCGUUUGACCUACACCCUUGACGAGAUCGAGGGACCCUUGGACGUAUCCCCCGAUGGCACCCUCAAGUUUGAAGAAAAAGACGGAAUCGAUUACGCUGCCGUGACUGUUCAGCUACCUGGAGGCGAACGUGUGCCUUUCCUCUUUACAAUCAAACAACUGAUAGCAUCCGGUAAACCCGAGAGCUUUGGUGGAGAAUUUAUGGUGCCGUCUUACAGAGGUUCGUCGUUUCUUGACCCAAAGGGCCGAGGUGGGUCCACCGGAUACGAUAAUGCCGUUGCUUUGCCGGCUGGCGGGAGGGGUGAUGAAGAGGAGUUGGUUAAAGAGAACAUAAAGAAUGUCGCAUCAUCAAUUGGAAAGAUCACGUUGAGUGUGACGUCAAGCAAGCCCGACACCGGAGAAGUGAUCGGUGUAUUUGAGAGCAUUCAGCCCUCAGAUACCGAUCUCGGGGCCAAGACACCUAAGGAUGUUAAAAUCCAAGGUGUCUGGUACGCUCAGUUGGAGUAAUAGACACCUUGGUUUUUUUAGCAGCAUUGUAAUUGUGGCAGUUAUCAAGAUUUUCUUGCUUGUAUAUUAUCAAGAAUUAAUACAUGUAAUAAAUGCUAUGAUAAAUUUUGUCACUAAUGCUUUCAAUUUAGAAAAAUUAUAUAAAAAUUAACCUAUUUUGGUUUUAA